GCUCCGCGGGGCCAGGUGGAGCCAGACCGCGUCCUCGCGCCGCGCCAGCUGCACCCCCGCCGCAGGAGAGUCUGUAAAGGCAGGUGGCCCAUGACCCUGUGGUCAGGAAAGCCCUGCAGGCAAUGAGUGGUGGGCCCGGAGCAGCUCGGGAGGUGGCCAGGGCUACGGCUGCUUUCCCCAGAGCCAGCUGCCGCUGAGGACCUCGCCCGGGGUCUCAUCCACAGUCCUCACAUUCCUGGCGUCUGGCAUGAUGACUGACUCCCCGUUCCUGGACCUGUGGCAGUCCAAGGCGGUGUCCAGCCGGGACCGACUGGGCAUUAGGGACCAUCCCAAUGACUCCUACUGCUACAACUCGGCCAAAAACAGCACGGUGCUCCAGGGGGUCCCCUUCGGUGGCAUCCCUGUUGUUUUGCUCAUAGAUGUCAGCUGCUUCCUGUUUUUAAUAUUGCUGUUUUCCAUCAUAAGAAGACGAUUCUGGGAUUAUGGGCGCAUUGCUCUGGUGUCAGAAGCUGGCAGUGAAUCCAGAUUCCAGAGAUCGUCGUCACUGUCCUCCGUAGGGCCACAAGACUUUGAAAGUGAUCUGGGAUGCUGCCCCUGGCUGACCGCAAUCUUCCGUCUGCACGAUGACCAGAUCCUGGAGUGGUGUGGGGAGGACGCCAUCCACUACCUGUCCUUCCAGAGACACAUCAUCUUCCUGCUGGCGGUGGUCAGCUUCUUGUCCCUGUGCGUCAUCCUGCCCGUCAACCUCUCGGGCGACUUGCUGGACAAAGACCCUUACAGUUUUGGGAGGACGACGAUAGCAAACCUACAGACUGACAAUGACCUGCUCUGGCUACACACCAUCUUCGCGGUCAUUUACCUGUUCCUGACCCUGGGCUUCAUGCGGCACCACACCCAGUCCAUCAAGUACAAAGAAGAGAGCCUGCUGAGGCGGACCCUGUUCGUCACAGGACUCCCCAGACAUGCCACCAAGGAGACUGUGGAGAGCCACUUCCGAGACGCGUACCCCACGUGUGAGGUGGUGGAGGUCCAGCUGUGCUACAACGUGGCCAAGCUGAUCUACCUGUGCAAGGAAAGAAAAAAGUCUGAGAAGAGCCUCAACUAUUACACAAACCUGCAGGUGAAGACAGGCCAGCGGACCCUCAUCAACCCCAAGCCCUGCGGCCAGUUCUGCUGCUGUGAAGUGCAGGGCUGUGAGCAGGAGGACGCCAUCUCUUACUACACGUGCAUGAAGGACAGGCUGACGGAGAGGAUCACGGAGGAGGAGUGCAGGGUUCAGGAUCGGCCCCUGGGGAUGGCCUUCGUCACCUUCCAGGAGAAGUCCAUGGCCACCUACAUCCUGAGAGACUUCAACGCCUGCAAGUGUCAGGGCCUUCGGUGCAAAGGUGAGCCCCAGCCGUCCUCCCACAGCAAAGAGCUCGGCAUCUCCAAGUGGACAGUCACCUUUGCCGCUUACCCCGAGGACAUCUGCUGGAAGAACCUCUCUAUCCAGGGCCUCCGCUGGUGGUUCCAAUGGCUGGGCAUCAACUUCACUCUCUUCGUGGUGCUGUUUUUUCUGACCACACCCUCCAUCAUCCUCUCUACCAUCGACAAGUUCAAUGUCACCAAACCCAUCCAUGCGCUGAAUGGAAUGGAGAAGUUUCUCUCUCUGGACCCGAUCAUCAGCCAGUUCUUCCCAACCCUCCUCCUGUGGUCCUUCUCGGCCCUGCUCCCGACCAUUGUCUACUACUCUACGCUGCUGGAGUCUCACUGGACCAAGUCAGGGGAAAACCGGAUCAUGAUGACCAAGGUCUACAUAUUCUUGAUCUUCAUGGUGCUGAUUCUGCCCUCCCUCGGCCUCACCAGUCUGGAUUUUUUCUUCCGGUGGCUCUUUGACAAAACUUCCUCGGACACCACUGUCAGGUUGGAGUGCGUCUUUCUGCCUGACCAGGGUGCCUUCUUUGUGAACUACGUCAUCGCCUCGGCCUUCAUCGGCAACGGCAUGGAGCUGCUGCGGCUGCCCGGGCUCAUCCUCUACACCUUCCGCAUGAUCGCAGCCAAGACGGCCGCCGACCGCAGGAACGUCAAGCAGAACCAGGCCUUCGAGUUCGAGUUCGGAGCCAUGUACGCGUGGAUGCUGUGUGUCUUCACCGUCAUCAUGGCCUACAGUAUCACCUGCCCCAUCAUCGCACCAUUUGGCCUCGUCUACAUCCUGCUCAAGCACAUGGUGGACCGGCACAACCUCUACUUUGCCUACCUCCCAGCCAAGCUGGAGAAGAGGAUCCAUUUCGCGGCUGUGAACCAGGCCUUGGCGGCUCCCAUCCUGUGCCUCUUCUGGCUCUUCUUCUUCUCCUUCCUGCGCCUGGGUCUGACGGCCCCUGCCACCCUGUUCAGCUUCCUGGUGGUGCUGCUCACCAUCCUGAUCUGCCUGGCCUACACCUGCUUUGGAUGCUUCAAGCACCUCAGCCCUCUGAACUACAAGACAGAAGAGUCGGCGAGUGACAAAGGAGGUGAGGCCCAGGCCUACGUACCCCCACCGUACACACCCUAUGUGCCCCGGAUUCUGAGUGGCUUGGCCUCCGAGAGAACGGCUCUGUACCCGCAGCAGCAGCAGACUUAUGGAGCCAUCCACAAUAUCAGUGGGACUGUCCCCGGACAGUGCCUGGCCCAGAGCCCUGCGGACAGCGUGGCAGCUGCCUACCAGGAGGCCUGAGAGCGGGCAAGCUCUGGCCUGGGCCAGGCUCAGGGAGCCGGAGGGUGAGGCGAUGCCGGUGGAGAAGCAGCUCGACAUUGACCCCAACCAAGUCCGAGACUUCUGUCCACCUUUUAAAGCCCCGCUGCUCUGAAAGGACGAAACCAGCCAGGAAGCGGCUCCAGCUCUAGGCUGAAGGGUUUGGAGCAGGACUGUCACUGGGCGGUGUUUUCUGGUCACAGCAGCAGUGAGGGGACCAGGUGCAACUCCCUACCCUCGCUUGCGUGCGAGCCCGGGUUCUGCUCGUUUCCAUCCCCCUUCUGCGCUGUCCGACUCUGUAGUUGGAUGAUGUCCCUGUGAUUAUUGGCAAGAUCAUGUGUUGGAGUUGUGUCCCUCCAGGGCCAUGGGUUGUGGUGACUCGGGUAGUAGGGAGAAUGUAACAAGUGGAAAACCUCCUCCCUCUGAGCACGCAUAUACCCGCCCCUCUCUAGACACAGACGACCAACUGACAAUCAAAGAGGCUGCGGCAGGCUACGCCUGGGACCGGGCCAGAAGACAAAGACGGUCCAGGGUCAUUCCGGCCCUGCUCUGUGCGUUAAGCCUGCGCCGCAGCAGUGAGCUGUGGGGAGCAGAACAGGAAUGUUCGGUGCAGGCUCCGCGCACACACCUCUGCACCCUGCUAUGGUCCGUUUUUGUAUCAUGUUGCCAGCGACACUGUGGCUGGGCCAGGGUCAUCCCACAGCAGUCAGGAACAAUUCGAACCACUAAUAAAGUGCCCAUUCAGCCACACCGGUGAGAUCCAGCCUUUCCUGCCUCUUCAGGGUUAAUGCGUGGGGCUCAGUCUCCAGUCCUUGGCUCCUGUC